UCAGAGCGCACUACAGUGGAGCGGAGAGGCGUCCCCGACACCAGCACAGCCACACCAGCUCACACCGCCGUGCCUUCCUCUCUCUCUGCCUGACCUCCUCUCUGAGCUCACACCGGAGUUCGGCCGCAGCAGCGGAGGAACAUGCUGCCGCUCCGGCCGUCUCAUUAACUCAUCACAGCGGACUCCCACACCCCGACCUCCGCCAGGACCCCCAGAGCUGCGGAAGGAGAAUUUAAAAAAUAAAUCUUUUCCAGCAGAAGGCCUGUUGGAUUCUGUGUCGCAGCUAUGGGCAGCAAGACUCUGCCAGCACCGGUUCCUCUCCACCCAUCCCUCCAGCUGGCCAACUACUCCCUCCUCCAGAGCUCCACAGGCCUCCAGCUGCCAGCAGAUCACUUCCACAGCAUCUACAGCUUCAGCGCUCUACACGCUAUCCACCUCCACCAGUGGACCCUUGGCUACCCGCCUCUGGGCCUGCCCCGCUGCACCAUCUCCAAGCUGCCUGCCCAGUUCUCAUCCAUCCCCAUAUUCCCUCACCUCCUGCAGCCCAAGCAGGACUCAGCAGGGGUUCUGCAGAGCUCCAAGAACAAGCCCCGCUUUGACUUUGCCAAUCUGGCGGCAGCAGCCACCCAGGAAGAUCAUCUGAAGGCAGAGGACCUGAGCAUGACAGGUGCUGCUGCCGCCGCCGCCGCCGCCGCUGCAGCACAGGCUUCGUCUCACCACCCAACCUCAGCUGGCCUGGGAUGCCUCCUGGACGUGACCAAACUCCCCUCGCCGGAGCGCAAGUCCAGCCGAGGCCGACUGCCCUCCAAGACCAAGAAAGAGUUUGUAUGCAAGUUCUGCGGCCGCCAUUUUACCAAAUCCUACAACCUUUUGAUCCACGAGAGGACGCACACGGAUGAGAGGCCAUAUACCUGUGAUAUCUGCCACAAGGCCUUCAGAAGACAGGACCACCUCCGGGACCACAGGUACAUCCAUUCCAAAGAAAAGCCCUUCAAAUGUCAGGAGUGUGGGAAGGGCUUCUGUCAGUCCAGGACUCUGGCUGUCCACAAGACAUUACACAUGCAGGUCAAGGAACUGAAGCCAGCCAAGAUCAAGUGAUUCACUACGCCAGCAGGGAAGGGACAGGGACACUGGAAAAACAUGACCAAAGACAACAACAGCCAAAGAACAACCAAAGACUUUUUUUUCAUCUCAGCUGCUGGAGGCUGAGCCCUCUGCUUCUGUGGGAAUACUUUUCAAGGAUGAAAUAUUUCACCAGCCGUGCUUAAAGAAAUAAUGCCGAAAUAAGCCUUAGUGGAGGAGGUGUAUGCGUAGUUGUCAAAGCCUGACUUGGCAGAGAACCCAGUGGAUGUGUGGAAUGUGAAAUGGACUUUAAGAAAAAAACCCUUGUGGCUGCUCAGCGCAAAUACUUUGCUCAAAAGCUUAUAAUCCAAAGACUUUAAAAAGGGACAUGACUCUUAUGCAAUUUUUUACAAAAACUGAGAAUGAUCAAAGCCAUGUUAGCAUAGACACAUUUUCCUCCUUUUCAAUAUCACAUUCCAAUGUUAUUUUUGUACAGAUACAUUAUAUCAGAAAUGUAUUUUUGCACUUUAACCUGAUUAUUGAUUAUUUACAUAUAUCACUGGAUUUCUUAAACUUAUUUUCAAAAUGAAUAAUCAUUUCUAAAUAAAAUAUUUUA